AUGCACCCCAAAUAUGGAUUGAGCACCUCGGGUGCUUCUCUUAUCUCUGCGUCAGAGGCAAUGCAUCACUUCGGUGACUGCCUCACGGCGUACGAAAGGAAAGAGAUAGUGCAAUACGAGGCAGUUUAUUAUGCUGGUCAAAGGUGCGUCGACAAGGUGAAGUCGCCGACCAACGGUCACAAUGACGGGUACGACACCGAGGAGGGUGAAUACAUCUUCCGAGUCAAGGACCACAUCGCUUACCGCUACGAGGUUCUCGAGGAGUUGGGAAGCGGUGCAUUUGGUCAAGUAUUCAAGGCAAUUGAUCAUUUUGACGAAUCGAUUGUAGCUGUGAAGCUCAUUCGUAACCACCGCAAGGUACUACAACAGGCAGACCAGGAGAUUGGCAUCUUGCAACGUGUGAACGACCGUGAUCCGAAAGGGCUCUAUGGCAUCGUGCGUAUGAUAGACAACUUCAAGUUUCGUGGACAUAUUUGCAUCAGCUACGAACUCCUGGGUGCCAACCUAUAUGAGUACCUUAAAACGAAGGACUUUUUUCCGAUGGCGCUGCCGUUGAUCCGCAGCAUUGCUGCGCGCAUGCUGGUGACACUGUCAUUUCUAGCGCGCGAGAACAUAAUUCACUGCGACUUGAAGCCCGAGAACAUUCUGCUGCGCGACAAUGACCCGGCUGUCGUGAAAGUGGCCGAUCUAGGGUCUGCGAGCAUCGACACGAAAAGCGUGUACGUGUACAUUCAGUCGCGCUUCUAUCGCGCGCCAGAGGUGAUUAUGGAGCAGAAGUACAACAAUGCGAUUGACUGGUGGAGCUUUGGCUGCAUACUCUGCGAGCUGGCCAACGGCGAUCCCGUCUUUCCCGGCAAUGAUGAGAAGGACCAGCUAGGGUGCAUUAUGGAGUAUCUAGGGCCACCGCCCCAGAACUUUAUAGAAGCUUCCUCUGCAAGGCGGAAGCGCGAGUUCUUCGACGGUCAUUACAAGCCUCGGCCCCACACGACGCGUGAGGGUAAGCAACGCGAGCCAGGGUCGAGAUCGUUGUCGAAGUUCCUGGCCGUCUCAGAGGACGAUGACUUUCUAAGCUUUGUACGCCUCUUUCUGCAGUGGGACCCGUCACAGCGGGUCUCGCCGCGCGAGGCGAUGAAGCACCGUUGGAUCUGCGACAAGUUUGUAUUUCCCACCCAGUCAGAGGAGAAGAAGCCGGGGUUGUCAUCGUUGACAAAGGAGAGCAACGCCUCUGCAUCCGGGUCACUCAAGGGGUGCAUGUCUCAAGAGCCUGCUGCACCGCUUAAACCCAAGGUAUCCAUGUCCACCAUCGUGGGGUCACUUUCCACGGCGCGGGAGGCACCCGUUGAUUCGCUGUGGCCAAGUGCUGGGCCCCCAAAGGCGCAGCGGUCGGCACCAUUGCUGCAACCACCCACUACGUGCACAGGCAGUGCGAACUUCGACACGUCAGGUGACAAUGCCUCACGUGUGAACACAUUGCCGCCUUCUCGCGACGCAUUCUCUGGCACUGUGACGCGCGGCGCGGCUCAAUCGACAGGCGCGAAGUUCCAAGGGCCGUCAGUGCCGCAAAGGCACAACGGACGCCUGCAGCGCGGCAGGCAGCGGCGUUCCACAGACAUGGCAGACGUUGAAAUACCGGGUGAGGCUAUUGCUUUGCCGAAUAACUCGACAUCUCUUCACGCACCAUUGGGUGCUGAAGAGUCCUCUGCAGAGAAGCACUCGCGUGGGCUCAUGAUCACUGCCAAUAAAGAUUCAUCUCCCGUCUCCGUGCGCGGAGUCGUCACGAGAGUGAUGAACCCAAGACCGCAAUUGCGCCUCGCUGGCGGAGUACUCUCGCCAGAGGUGCUAUCACCUGUCACCUUGCACUCUAGCACCAACCCCGUCAUCGUCACCUCCCGCGACAGGAAUGCCCACUCAUCUGAGAACGAGGCAUCACCGAGUGCAUCGCACAGCAACACCAACAGUGGCGCCGUCGGCAACGCACGAGGAAACAGCAGUGCAGGAGACGUGCCCACCAGUGUGUUAGAGCUGCCUCAAGAGUACGAGGGUACUACAGCGAAGACGCACACUGUGGAUUUAUUGGGUAGGAAUGGUGGCGCCAUCGACUUUAGUAGUCUUUCGCGAUGGCCCAGCACGACGAGGACGUCGCAAUUAAAUGGGGAUCGCCAGAGGAGUGCGAGUGCAUCAGCCAGGAGGGAUAGCCACGGCAUCACAUCGCCUGGGUUAUCGACUGAGUCUGCGAGAGGGGAGGCAGUCAGGGAACGCAGGGAGCACUUGGUCAGUCUCAACCCAGUAGACUUGUCACCCACCAAGGCGUCCCAGCCCGCUGCGAUACAAGGCAGACCGCACGCGGGAGAGUAUAUGCUACCAUCAGAGCUGCCGCCGUUUAGGGAAGGCGCUAGUUCUAGCAAUCUCGACGAUGUCGGGGUAUCGCCGAACUGCAGACACCUCGCAGCAAUACUGUCAGAUCCACGCAACAAGGGUGGGCUGACGGAGCUCUCGCUGCAGACCCGCGGCAGUCCUCCUCUCCCUCUUCCUGGGCCAUCCGCCGUUGCCGCACCCUCGCUAACGCCGCCGUACAAAUUUCUGCAGCGCAGCGCUCAAUGCAACAUACCCGUCGUGUGUGAUGACGGGGCUGCACAUACCGCUGCAAGAAACCAACGUGUGGUUGCAAGUGAGGCGUCAUCGAUGCUGUCGGAAAGGCGAGCUGUUCAGCUCAGCGGCAUGCACCUUGUACCGCCUCGGCAGGUGUUGGGCCGGCAAUCUCUACUUCCUCGGCAGAACGGUUCUGGGACCCGGAGCAAGGGUGUGACGAAGCCUUCAACGGUCACUACGCCGCAGCUUCCAUUGCUCAAGAGAUAA